AUGGCAGAUACAGAACUGCCCACAGACCCACACUUUCCGACGCCAUUUGCGCCCGUCCUUCGCCAUCCGAUUCUGCUCCUUGAACAACGAAUCCGUCGAUUUGCGCGCGAGAUCAAGGAGAAACCGCGUUGGUGGGAUAAGGUGCGCGACCCCGAGAACGUCGCGCGCUGGAGGCGGGAGGCCGUCGAGCACGAUGCAAAGAUGGUGGAGGAGCUCUGGGGUAGGGACCAACUCUACGAAACCUUCCUCCCCGAUCCCAACAACCAAUAUCGCCAAGUUGAGAAGAAGUGGCCCAGGGACCCGAUCACGGACGCUCAGCUGCGCUACCUCUUCGACGAGCUAAGGUAUCAUGCUGACCAGCGAGACACGGAUACAGGCAUAUAUCAAACGGCCAUUCCGAUGGUUUAUGAGUCUCCUACCCUCAUUGACUCCGCUCUCAAAGCUGCCGUUAAGCAAGUUGCCGCAACGCUGGAGAACGUCUCGGACGACCAGAAGGACUGGCAUCCCGGCUCGAACGGUCAAGUCCUCGAUCUCGUGCACCCCUCGCUAUACUGUCUCCGUCUUGGCCGUUCCUUUGUGAUCGACCCGGCGCACGACCACAGCGAUCCCCUGCGUCUGCUCAGCAUCGACGACUACUUCCAGCGAAGAUCGGACAUCUCCGACUUCUGUCCCGAGGACUGGUGGGGGUCCAACGAGAUCGGUCGUGUUCCUUACGAGUUCACUGUAUCGCGCGCGCACCAAUGGCUCCCGACUGACUUCGCGGUCUCCGGGGACGGGCGAGUGACCCCGAAGGGUUACAUCAACAACCUCCACCCAUACGAACACUCGACGGCGUACGCGACCAUCUCGUCCGUACUAGAACGCUUUGUGCCGCUCUUCGAGCGCGUCCUGUCGGACGUGCUCAGCUCUCCGCCUCCAUCUCCCUUCGAGGAAGUCGACCCGGGUGUGUGGUACAACCACCUUCCACAACCGUAUCCUUGGUGGGAAGACACACCCGAAAGCCAGGCAUGGGAGAAGCUUAAUCUUUGGCCGAGUUUACCCGACGCUGAGCCCUUCAAGCCACAGCCUCCAGAGGAAAAGGCCACCUUCAACCUAAGAGGCCGGACGCUGCAGGUUAUCAUCAAGAUGGCCAAUAUUGUCCUCUCGCCCGCGAACCCAUCAUACCCCGGGGGCUCGUGGCACGUCGAGGGAAUGAGCAACGAGAAGAUCGUCGCGACUGGCCUCUACUACUACGACAGCGCAAACAUCACCGAGUCGCGGCUCGCGUUCCGCGCUGUGGUCGGCGACGGCGAGUACCCCGGCGCGACCUCCCUCCCCGCGCAGCAGGACGACUCGAAAGGCUACUCGGUGGCGUACGGUCUCGGGCGCGGGGAAGCGCUCAAUCAGGAGCUCGGGAGCAUCGUCGCCGCGGAGGACAAGUGCAUCGCAUUCCCGAACAUAUACCAGCACCGCGUCGCACCGUUCGCGCUCGCGGACGGCACACGUCCUGGGCACAGGAAAAUCCUCGCGUUCUUCUUCGUCGAUCCAUCCAUCUCUAUCCACUCUACCAGCGACGUGCCACCCCAGCAAGCCGAGUGGUACCGGGACGCAGUCUAUCGUGCGCACCGCUUUCAGCAACUCCCGCAAGAGCUUGUCGACAUUAUCCUGGAGUAUGUCUUGGAAGGCACUGUAUCCCUGGAGCAAGCGAAGGUGGAUCGCGAGGCGCUGAUGGAGGAGCGUGUGCAGUUCGUGGUGAUUCACAACGAGAGGGUGUUUGAGGACACAUUCAAUAUGUGCGAGCAUUGA